CAACGAUGAUCUUUUGGACUUUGAGUGUGGUGACUGUUCUGUCUUAUCCCCUGGAGUGAAAGGGAAAUCUGCCUGCCCGGACAUCUUCAAUCAGCAUCACUUGGAGGGCUCAUUUGCCAUGCUCACUGUAAGCAUCUCCUUCUUUUUCCCUGCAGACCCUUUCUGCAAAAUGCUACCAACGAAACUGCGUGUGGCGGUAAUUGGGGCAGGAGCGGCAGGACUGUGUGCUGCCCGGCACAUCCUUGCCUCUUCUGGGACUUUUGCUCCACCCGUGGUAUUUGAGGCCUCGGAUCGCUUGGGAGGCACCUGGAUUUACACGGAGGAGAAAGAAGAUGCCAUGGGAAGAAUCAUCCAUUCCAGCAUGUACCGGGACCUCAGGACCAACCUGCCCAAGGAAUCAAUGGCCUUUCCGGAUUUCCCCUUUGAUCCAUCACUGCCUUCAUUCCUGCACCACUCGGAUGUUCUGACCUACCUGGAUAGCUAUGCAGAGCAGUCUGGAGUCUGUGACCAUGUCAGGUUCCAAUGGCAAGUUGAGGAGGUCAGGCCCGCCCAGAGGGAUGCAGGCCGCCUAGGUGGCUGGGAAAUCACAGCCUCAGUGCAGCACCCAGAGUCAACCCGGCAAGUCACAGAGCACUUUGAUGCCGUCAUGGUCUGCACUGGCCAUUACACUGUCCCAUUUAUACCUCCCAUUCCCGGGUUGGACACUUUCCAAGGCCGUCUUCUACACAGCCACUCUUACCGCUAUCCAGAGCCCUUUGCCAACCAAUCUGUUGUACUGGUAGGCGCUGGUCCAUCAGGAGUUGACCUGGCCUUGCAACUCUCCAGUGUAGCUGCUCAAGUAGUACUCAGCCACAAAAGGCAACAUGUGUGCGGGCUGCCCAAGGAUGUGAUACAGAUGCCUCCACUUCUGAAAGUGGGGCAAAAGACAGUGGUAUUCACAGACGGUUCUAAGAUGCCAGCUGAUGUCUUGAUUCUCUGUACAGGCUACAAGUACAGCUUUCCCUUCUUGGACUUGGCCCAGUUGGGCUUACAAGAGACAGAUUAUGGAAUGGGUCCCCUGUACCAGCAUUUACUACCUCCCCAGCACCCAUCGCUCUUCUUGAUUGGGGUUUGUCAGCAGAUAUGUCCUUUCCCACACUUCCACUGCCAGGUGCUAUUUGCGCUGGCUGUGCUAAGUGGGCGCUGUUCCCUCCCUUCUGUGGCCGACAUGGAGGCUGAAGUCCAAAAACAGCUGGGACUAUAUUUGAAGAAUGGAGGGUUGGCUCGGUACUUCCUGAAGCUGAAGGAACAGCAGUGGAGUUAUAUGGACAACCUAGCUCACCUUGCUGGCUUCCCACCUGUGCCACCUGCUGUCCAACAAAUUUACGAAGAUACCCAUGCCAGCCGUCUCUGCAAUGUGAGCACCUAUCGUAGCAGAAACUAUCGGCUAUUGGGCCCAAGUGCUUGGGAGUUGGUGCAGGAUUGGGGUGAGAAUUGCAUAAAGACUGGAGAUUCAAAAUGAGGACCCUUAAUCCCCACGUGGCAAUUCUUCUCUCUUCCUCUGUGUGGUUUUCCUUCUAAGGCCCAACUGCAAUCAGGGGGAGUGGGGCCAAGAAUUGCCGGGUGAGAUAGAGAAAGAACCAAGUCCUCCAAUGGCAUCAUUGAAGUACAAGCAAGAAACUUGAAGCAGAUCGUAAAAAGGGAGAAAUAAUGUAUAUUCCAUCUGUAAAAGAAGAGGAGAUUAGAUUCACACAACAUGCUUAAUCCUAAACCAGGUUUUAUUUAAAAAAACAAACAAACAGUGGCUCUCUAUGGCCAAACUAACAAAUUGUCAAAGUUAAGUGACAAGCUAGUUUAGGGACAUCCACCCUGGGGCAUGUUUUAAAAAGUCAGGAGGAAAACUACAAUCGUGGCUAGUUCGAUUGGUUUUGCACAGCUAACAAUCCCAGUUUUGAUUAGUGUGUUAUGGUGCAACCGCUAACUACAGAGUGUCCAGGCCAGGUUUUCUGGUGUGCUCUGUGACUGGGCGAAGCUAGAAAGCCAGGGUUCCUUAAUUAACAACUCUUUUUGACUAUGCAUCACACUGCUUACCACGGUCCAGAAAAUAUCUGCCCUUUGUGUCCCCGUGUAAAUAAUUAGAAAUAAAGAGAACCUGAUUCCAAUGAAAAUGAGAAAAAAAUAAUCCAGUUAAGCUCCGGUCCAUAAUCUAAGUUUCCUUUGGUUCAACAGAGAUAGGAAGUUAUAGGAGGGAAGAGGCAGAUCACAGAUAGCGUUUUAUACCAAUCUGUUUUCUUAUGUUUGCAUUAUAUGUAUCUUUGAAAGAAAUGAAUGGAAAUUCAUAGCAGUGUUUUAAUUUGGGAGCUAGAAACUUCUUCUGGUGAUAUCUAAUUGAGGGGACAAAGAAUAAACCAAAAUCAUAAUCUAUCUGAAUUGAAUGCAUUUCGUAUUUUAAACAAUUCCUGUUUCAAAAGAUCUUAGAGUCGUGAGAGAAUACUUUUAAUGAAAAAAGAGAAAAAUGUAUCUGGGCUAGGUUCACACAAGUUCCUGAUUACUGAACUGACUUGUUUCUGGAUUUGCACCAAACAGUACACUAAACUGUAAACUAACCACAUGUGUGGGCUUUCCAUACUAUGGUAAGCCAUGGAAAAUUAAUGGUUUCACAAUAGCCAAGCUUAGCAAUGUUAUGCAAAUGAAGCUUCAAGAUCUUUAACAGACCUCAUUAAGCCAGUGUACAAAUACAAACAUUGUCUGAGCUUUUGUGAAGCUUGUCCUUUGUGUUCAUGCACGCACAAGGUUGUUUAUCCUUUACAAAGAAGAGAGAAAGAACAUCAGUGGCAAUAUUAAAAGAAGUCAGGUGUCUUUUGUAUUAUGCUUGAGCCCUGGUCCCUAGAUAGGUUUUGAAUAAAAACGUGGAGUUGCUUUUUUAUUGUCAUCUGCUGGGACAGACUUCCCAUUUCCAGUUCAUA